CAUACAUAUAAAGUCCUUUCUUCUUCCCUUCCUUCCUUCUAUCCAACCAUCUCCCAUUCUCUUCAACUGUUUCCCAAACCUCUCCUUACUAUCCUCAUCUCUCAAAUCACCACCUUGUCAUCUCAUCAUCAAAAUGCCGGUUACGCUGACCACGGCGAACUACGCCGCUCGAAAAUGCACAGUUUCCAAAUCCACCGCCGCCGACAAGUUUCUCGAGCCAAAGAGCAUCGACGGAACACAGAAGGAGCUGGAGGUAAAGGAGGGCGGGAACAUCCAUACUGUGGACUUUGGUAAAUUGGCGGUUCACAUGACGGACAUGAUUGAGCAGAAUGUCGUCGAUCCUGAGCUCCGGACGUGGAUUAUGCCUUUGUUCAGUACCACCACGGACUCGGACAAAGUCGCCGCAUCCAUCCUCAUAAUGGGCUCCUUGCAGAAGUACUUCUCGUGCAAAAUUUCUGUCUGCUGCGGGACUCCAUCGAUCACAUUACUCGGCAACCGCGAGGAUUGGGAGCAGCUGGUGGCCAAAACUCGACAAGAUUCCUUAACUAGGGAAGGAACCCACGACUUUUGCCCGUCUUCUCCGCCCGGUAUUGGAACGCUUCGUGGCCACCUUCGAUCGCCCAGACGACCCUAA